CAAGACAUUUGUCUCCAUUGUGUGUCUUCUUAUCCGUCUGCAACCUUUGAAUUAACCUGGUGGUGUCUUUUCGCUGUUUACCUGUUAAUUAAUAACAUGUCUAAAAACACAACUUCGUCAGCUUUCAGGAAAAUUGAUGUAGAUCAAUACAAUGAUGAUUAUUAUAAGGAAGAAGAGGGAAGCGAACCACAUUCACCACCCACCGGACCUGAUGAACAGGAAAUAGUGAAUUUAGUGAAUCAAGGUAAACAUGUUGAAGCCCUAAAAAUACUGCUGCGUUCUGCACCAACAGGCACCAAGAACCAAAAUAUCAAAGAUGCUGCAUUUAAUCUAGUUCUGAAAGUAAUUUUGUCUAUAAAAACAAGUGAUAUGGAAAAAGCAGUUGCUCAGUUAGAUAGAGAUCAAAUAGAUAUACUAAUGAAAUAUGUUUACAAGGGUUUUGAAAAUCCAUCUGAAGGCAGAAGUGCUCAUCUUUUAGCAUGGCAUGAAAAAGUUUAUGCUGCUGGUGGUAUCGGAAGCAUUGUAAGGGUGCUCACAGAUAAGAAAAGAGUUUGACAUAGUAUUAUGAAGAAUUUAUCAUUAAUUUUAUAUUAUAGACUUUUGUACAUUUUCUAAUAUACUAAAUUUGUUAAAGUUCUUUUAUUUGUAAGCAGGUACAUGAUUAAGGGAAAAACGUUGUAAAAAAAUAACUCAAUAUAAUUGAAAUUUUCGAUGUCAGGAUCAUUGUAUUGAAAAUAUUUUUCUUGGUUAUAAACAGUGAGGUUACUAUGUAAAAUGAAAUAUUUCAUUUCAUAUUUUUUCCCCUGUGUCUGUAGUUUGAAUUCUUUUUUGCUUCAUUUUCCGUAUAUUUCACUUUUUCUCAAAAUUGUAAAAUCAUGGAUUAUUCUCUUUUAGUUACAACAGUAUACUUGACUGGCAAAUUGAAUUUAUUGUAUAUUUAAACUAUACCCCUCCUGUACAGUAAUUACCCACAACAAAAUGUAUGCUGUUAAGCUUUUUGUGUUAUGUAUAAGUGUUGAAGUGCAAAAAACAAAAUAAUUAUGCAUUAAUAUAUAGUUCUUUCUUAUUUUGUGUUAUUUAAUUAUUCUGUCAUAUGUAGAAAUAUUGUGAUUUUAUGAAGAAACUUAUAUUUGUGCAUGAAUCAAAAUGUAUUACUAUUUGAAACUCUUAACACUUUUAAUGUAUAAGGAAAAGAAAACUGAGUUUCUUACAUGUUUAGCUUUGUAGUUACAGAAACAAAUAUCAUAUUGUAUGUAAAAACCAUUCUUGUCUGAGUGUACAUAAAUAUUACAUUGCUUGUAAUUUUAGUAAUGUGCAGGAGAUCUAUCCUGCUUUUGAUUCUAAACUUUUGGCUAGUUGGAUUUUUUUUUUUUUGUUUCAUUUAAAGGAUAAUUAAUGCAUUUGCUUUAGAACAUGAUAAUACUUUGUAGAGCUUAAUUUUAAUUUCAUUGAAACAAUCA